AUGGCAGGAAGAAAUUCUGGGAUUUGUCAUAAUUGUAGAGGGAAAGGACACUACUUUGAUCAAUGUCAGAGUAAACACCGAUGCCCAGAUUGUAAGACUGGAUUCCAGAAGUGUUUUGAGGUCGAGAAGGAGACUGCAAACAAAGGGAAACUCUUCAAGUGCUGCAACGAGAAAUGCUGCUUCUGGCAGUGGGUUGAAGAAGGCGAGUCAAGUGGCACCGCUACUGCAAUUCCUGGGGCGGUGGAGGCAGUGCCUGAAGUGGAACAAUUGUUCCAGGCUGCACUCCAGUUAAAGGACGACGAAGAGAUCCACAUUUCGUUGAAUAUGAAAAUGACAAUCACGAAGAGGAAAUCAACGGAGGAAGGGAACGACAAGGGGAAGGGUGGGCUUGAGUAG